AUGCCACCUGUCGCAACAGCCGCAUCCCCCACACCUCCCACGCGAUACAGCAAGCACAUCGUUUUGACCACGUAUCCAGGCCAGAGCGGUAUCGAGCCUGUCCCGCUAGAAUGGGGUGCUGCCGACGCCAAAGCGCGUGGGCCCGUAAUCGUAUCGCGCAGCGCUAACCUGCUCAAACGCCGCAAUGCCAUGGGCGCCCAUGGCGGCAGCUAUAGUAUCUACAACGCCCUGGCGGUUGCUUCCGGUGAGCUGGAGCCGGAGUUUCGACCGGAUCUUCGCAACAGCGAGCCUACGUUUGAUUUUCCGUUUCAGUCUGCGUGGGCAGAUAAGACGAAGAUUGUCUCGAUGGAUCCCUUUGGUCAUGAUAUUGUGAAUCAAUUUCGUGAGGAGUUGGAUGCGGGCUGGGACAUUCGUCCCACCAUGGCUGUUACUCGGGCUAACAUGAAACUGGCGGAGAUUGGCGAGGCUGUCCGCGAUGGCCAGCUGGAGGUCGAUGGAUCGAUCGUGGUCGAUUCGUCAGGGGAAGUACGCGUGACGAAGGUGGCCGUGGAACCGGUCUGGUAUCUGCCAGGCGUUGCCGACCGAUUCGGGGUGGACGAGGGAACCCUUCGCCGGACUUUGUUCGAACAUACUGGUGGAAGCUACCCGGAGCUGAUCACUCGGCCCGACCUCAAAGUCUUCCUUCCUCCGAUUGGUGGCCUCACAGUGUACAUCUUUGGCCCUCCCGAGCGGGUGUCCGACGAGAACGUCAAAUUGGCCCUGCGGAUUCAUGACGAGUGUAAUGGCAGCGACGUGUUCCAGUCAGAUAUCUGCACCUGUCGACCGUAUCUGGCUUUUGGCAUUCAUGAGGCGAUCCGUGAAGCGCAGAGCGGUGGAAGUGGGGUAGUCAUUUAUUUCCGCAAGGAGGGAAGGGCGUUGGGAGAGGUGAUCAAGUAUUUGGUGUAUAAUGCCCGCAAGCGCGGAGGAGAUACUGCUGAUAAGUACUUCACGCGAACGGAGAACAUUGCUGGAGUGCGCGAUAUGCGAUUCCAGGCCCUGAUGCCCGAUAUCCUCCACUGGCUGGGCAUCAAGAAGAUCGACCGCAUGCUCUCCAUGUCUAACAUGAAAUACGACGCCAUCGUGCAGUCGGGCAUCAAGAUCCUCGAGCGAAUCCCGAUCCCGGAGGAGAUGAUCCCGAGUGACUCCCGCGUCGAGAUAGAUGCUAAGAUCAAUGCUGGCUAUUUCACAACAGGGAAACAGUUCACCACGGAGGAACUCGCCCAAGUUCGUGGGCGCGGCUGGGAGAAAUGGGAAGACAUUACUCAUUGA